AACGCUUCGCUCGCAAGAGACGCAGUCGUUCAAAAGCCAUUGUCGUGAACGAUCCACGGUUGUUUGUUUUUAUUUACUUUUUCAUGCAGUCUAGUUUCUGAACCCUCUUACAGUCGUGUCGAGUGUUACAUUUUGCAAGUUAUCAUCACCAAUUGGGCUCUAAACGGCGACACAUUGAGCAAGUUUUACAAGCACCGAAAUAACACCAUCACAAGUGCCAAUGUAAAUUCCCAACCAAAGAAAAAAGCAAGAAACGAAUCCAAUGGAACAUCAUCCGUACCAUCGAGAAAUGAAUCCCGUUCGAUUAUCGUCCGUCAACAACAAACAUCACCACAGCCUGUCAAUGGCAUCCAUGGCGACACUAGCGGCAUCUGUUGGUCCGAUUUCGCCCCACCGACAUCAGCACAACAACAACAACAGCGUUCAUCAUCACCAUCCCCAGUUACCGGCAGUAAUUAGUCACCUGUGCGCCGGGUGCGGUCAUCUCAUCAAAGAUCGUUACCUCCUCCAGGCUUUGGAUUCCUAUUGGCACGAAGAUUGCCUCAAAUGCAGUUGUUGUGGUUGCCGUUUGGGUGAAGUCGGUUCCAAUCUCUUUACCAAGGCCAACUUGAUGCUGUGCAAACGAGACUACCUCAGGUUAUUUGGAGCGACGGGCAAUUGCGCCGCUUGCUGUAAACCCAUUCCUGCGUUCGAGAUGGUCAUGAGAGCCAAAACCAACGUCUACCAUCUCGACUGUUUCGCUUGCCAGCAGUGCCAUCAGAGGUUUUGUGUGGGCGAUCGGUUUUACCUGUGCGACAACCAAAUCCUUUGCGAAUACGAUUACGAAGAACGGCUCGUCUUCGCCAAUGCCUCAUCAUCGGCUUGUGUUAGCCAGCCAAUCAGUAGUCGAUCGGGACAUGAACCCAAUAGACAAACGACAACAGAUGAUUCCAAUCAAACAACCCGAAUUGCCUGGACCAAUUCGGCUUUUGUCGAAACUCGUCCCGAAGCUUCAUCAUCAUCUUCCGCCUCGCUAGAUGGCAGCACUGGACAACAUGUCUCCAAAGAUCAGCCGAGAUUUCAACAAGAUUCUUCUCCCGCAGGGCUUCAACAGCAUCAGGUGGUGGAACACGACGCCUCGUCCAGCGGUUACGGCAGUCCCGAUUCUGGAGGACUCAUCGAUGAAGGAUGAAAAUUUUGACGUGCUAUCGUCAUAUCAACAUUUCAUUAAGUAUUAGUCAAUUUUGUACAUUCGUGCUCUAUGAUUUCUUUAUUUGCAUUGAUGGCAUCAGUGUUUUCAUUCUCUAGAGCGCGCAUUUUUUUUUGAACAUUUGAUUCAUCAAUGUAUUAUUUGUUCUUGUUACACCAAAUAAAGAAGUGUUGCGUCAA